UUCUUUUCCAUUAGGGUUUGCACAUGGUCGGAGCUGACGUGGGUAUCUUCAUUUCCCGCGUUAGGGCUGAGGCUAUUCAUAGAUAAUCCUCCUUUCCUCGAUUCUGCAGCUGUUUCUCUCCAUCUCUCUUUAUUCAGCUUUUUCUUUCUUACAGUUUCCAACUGUAAUAUAGGCAGGAAGGAGCAGAAACAAAGUGGACUGUUUUGUAAUUGUACUAGAGUGGCAGGUGCCAAGUAGGAAACGCAUUCAACAGGCCAGACAGGAGCAGUCAGAACACCAGCUAUAUUUCUUCUCAGGCCCUACAAACUACACCUUCUUUCAAUUAUAUCCCAUCUUUCUUUUUAUUACGACCACUCUGCCUUUCACUGCACGCACUCCAUCUCCAUCAUAACGGACUUCUUCUUUUCUUCUUCUUUCUGCCCUUUGCUUUGCCCUCUCUGGGAUUCAGCUCAACAAUUGGAUUCUGCUCUACUUUUCACUCCAAGAGUCCAUUGUGGUAUUGAGCUCCAGAAUUAGAUUUUGCUUUAGAUUUGAGUCCAAACUACCGUUGUGGGAUUGAGCUCCAAAAUUGGAUUUUGGGAUAUCUUGAGUUGGGAUAUAUUGAGCUCCAGAAUUGGUUUUUGCUCUAGUUUUGACUGCAAAAUAACAUUUUGGGAUAUCUUUGAGUUGGGCAGAUAUGGCGGGGAAUGAUGGAGGAGAAUUCGGUGAUACGACGUUCACCAAGGUGUUCGUUGGAGGAUUGGCUUGGGAAACCCAACGGGAAACCAUGCGACUCUACUUUGAGCAGUUUGGAGAUAUCCUUGAGGCGGUUGUUAUCACUGAUAAGAACACUGGCCGUUCUAAAGGCUAUGGCUUUGUAACGUUCCGUGAGGCUGAAUCUGCAAGAAGAGCUUGUGUGGAUUCUUCUCCCAUAAUCGAUGGAAGGCGUGCAAAUUGUAACUUGGCUUCUCUGGGUGCUCGUCGUCCUCGAUCGUCCACGCCUCAGCCAGGAAAUCGGUUGAGGAUAAUGCCUUCUUUUCCACUUCAUACAGGAGCGCCUGCAGCCUACGCUAGUGGAGGCUUGUCUUUUGCUCAACAUGCCCACUACACAUACCAACAAGGUUAUCCCUAUCAUGUAUAUGGGUUCUCUCCAUACCCUGCAGAUUACAGUUACCCACAGAACUAUUACAGUCCAUAUGCAGCAACUCAGUACCCACAAAUUUAUCCAGGGCAGGGAAUGAUAUCCACUCCUGCAGUCUAUCCAUUAUAUACAUACAAUCAAGCAAAUGCAGGAGGAGGAUAUCCACAUGCACAACCAAUGCUGCAUUAUCCAACAGCAGGCAAUGCAAUUUCAAGUUUGCCACAACAAUAUGGUGGAAUCAUUUCAACUCCUGCUGCAGCCACAGUGGGUGUGGCAAUAAAACAGGAGUGACCCUUUCAUUGCCACCCAAUGCUGUUCAACAGUAUGCAGUUCAAUUAGCUACUUCACAGCCAUACCAUGCAGGUGGAGCUGACCUAUCAGCCUAAACUUGGGCUCAUCAUCUAACAAGCAUUGGACCAAACAAAACAAGGAAAACUUCAUAUCAUGUUAUUAGCUAAAAUGUUCACUAGUAUGUGGAGCCUCUCAUUGCAUGGUUCAUGGACUUUGAUAACACAUUCAUUAUUAUUUAAUUUGACUCCCAUGCCCUUUACUUGGAAGAAGAAAUUUUGUAUUGUUUUCAGUGUACCAGUAGAUGUUAGAGAAAUGCCCAUGUCUAAUAUGUACCGGCAUGCAAUGUAAUGAUGUGAAGGAAGCUCCAUUCACACAAGAUUAUAAAGCAGAUUAGGUAGUGAUAGAGAUAGUGUAGUUCCUCUCACCCACAAGCACAUUCCAAUUUUUAUUGGCCUGAGAGAACAGUUUAUUUAUAUGAUCUCAUAUGGCCACUCCACCAUUGUUCCUAGUUGGCACACAUAACAAAAUUUAUAUGUAGUCAAAGGUAUAUUACUGUUUUGAUAGAUUUUUUUUAUGUUUCGCACUGAUAAUAUGGUGCUUUCGAUAAUUGUGAAACUGGGAUUUUUAAAUGCUUAUAUUGCAAUGCAUGUUUCCCGGGUGUCAGCUUUUACAUGCUGUACAGUUUGUGUCCAUUCAUGGGCUCUGUGUUUUCUUAAUCCAAAGCACUCUCAACUUGUUA